UUGGUGAGCUGGUGGGAGGAGACAGGCCAAGAGGCUAUAUAAUUGGAGAAUAUGCCUUUUCCCAGUGCACCAUCCCCGAGCAGCACGCCCUGAACUGAGAAGGGACAAUACCUGUGUGGGAAGUCUGAGAAAGUGACUCCAGAAGAUGUGUGAGGAAGAGGACAGCACGGCACUGGUGUGUGACAAUGGCUCUGGGCUAUGUAAGGCAGGCUUUGCUGGUGAUGACGCUCCUCGAGCUGUCUUCCCUUCCAUCGUGGGACGUCCGAGGCAUCAGGGCGUGAUGGUAGGCAUGGGACAGAAAGACAGCUACGUAGGAGAUGAAGCUCAAAGCAAGAGAGGGAUCCUGACACUGAAAUACCCCAUAGAACAUGGCAUCAUCACAAACUGGGAUGAUAUGGAGAAGAUUUGGCAUCAUUCGUUCUACAACGAGCUCCGUGUGGCUCCUGAAGAGCAUCCAACCUUGCUUACAGAAGCACCUUUGAAUCCAAAGGCUAACCGAGAAAAAAUGACACAGAUUAUGUUUGAGACAUUCAAUGUCCCAGCCAUGUAUGUUGCUAUUCAGGCUGUUCUCUCUCUCUACGCCUCUGGACGUACAACAGGGAUUGUGCUUGACUCUGGUGAUGGUGUCACCCACAAUGUACCAAUCUAUGAAGGCUAUGCUCUGCCCCAUGCCAUCAUGCGCCUGGACCUGGCUGGCCGUGAUCUCACCGACUACCUCAUGAAAAUCUUGACAGAACGUGGCUAUUCAUUUGUUACUACUGCUGAGCGUGAAAUUGUCCGUGACAUCAAGGAGAAGCUCUGUUAUGUUGCCCUGGAUUUUGAAAAUGAGAUGGCCACUGCUGCUUCUUCAUCCUCCUUAGAGAAAAGCUACGAGUUGCCUGAUGGUCAGGUGAUUACUAUAGGGAAUGAGCGUUUCCGUUGCCCGGAGACCCUCUUUCAACCCUCUUUCAUUGGCAUGGAAUCUGCUGGCAUUCAUGAAACCACCUACAACAGCAUCAUGAAGUGUGACAUAGAUAUCAGAAAGGACCUUUAUGCAAACAAUGUCCUAUCUGGUGGGACCACAAUGUAUCCUGGCAUUGCAGACCGUAUGCAAAAGGAGAUCACUGCCCUGGCUCCCAGUACUAUGAAAAUAAAGAUUAUUGCUCCACCUGAGCGCAAGUAUUCUGUCUGGAUUGGGGGAUCUAUCCUUGCUUCUCUUUCCACCUUCCAGCAGAUGUGGAUCAGCAAACCAGAGUACGAUGAAGCUGGCCCAUCUAUUGUUCACCGCAAAUGCUUCUGAGUUGCUUCCCCUUCUGUGAAAAAUAUUCUUAUACCUUCCUUACAAUUAGCUGUGUUUUCAGUAAAAUGAAUUUGAAGUUUUUUGGGGGCAGAGGAAGAAAGAAUAAAUUGUAAACAUGCUUUUCAGGUGCUUUGAAUUUUUAUUAAUAAACCUCAACUUUUUCAUACUCUA